AUGCUUUCUCAUAUUAUUGCACUUGUUGUGUCUUUGAUAUCAGUAUCAGCCGCCCCAUCUAAUCAGAGGAUCGUAAACGGUACGGAUGCUUCGAUCGAAGAUUAUCCAUUUAUGAUUUCGCUUAGAUCUUCUUCCGGGGGCCACUCAUGCGGAGGAACCAUCCUAUCGCAGCUUUGGAUAUUGACGGCGGCUCAUUGCGUGCACGAAACGAUGACUCCGGCCAGCGCAUCGAUCCAAGUCGGUCGAACGGAGAUAUCCAGACCGGUGGACGAAUCAGUCUACGAGAUAGAGUUGGUGAUCAUUCACCCGGAGUACAAUACGUCCUACAGCUUCGUGAACGACAUUGCCGUGUUCAAGCUGAAGCGUCCGCUAGAGUUUGACGAAACUGUGCAACCGGUGCGACUUCCAUCGUCUUGUUUUGAAGUGCCUCACAUGAAUCCGGAAGUGACGCUAAUUGGAUGGGGUUUGAAUGAGGACGCGAUUUCGCAGACCAUUUUGCAGCAGGUGGAUUAUUAUGUCGUGCCAAACGAGGCGUGUGAUGCAAUACAUUUCAAUCAAAUUUUCCCUCAGCAGAUCUGUGCCGCAUAUCCGGGCGGUGGUAAAGGGCAGUGUAACGGUGAUUCUGGUGGACCAUUACUGCACAACGGAAUACAAGUUGGAAUCGUGUCUUGGAGUAUCAAACCGUGCACGAUAGCACCUUAUCCUGGAGUCCUUACGAAAGUAUCUCACUUUAUCGAAUUCAUUUAUCAGCAUACUGAUUUAGAGCCGACCCUUUCGAGUUUCACAGAAUGUUCACAGAGUCCAUUGCAAAUAAAUUAA